UGCACGGUUGAUACAGAAUAUCUACAUUUCUUCUUGAAAAUUUUUGUUAACUUCCUGAAAAUGAAUUCUUUCAAUAACAAGACACCGGCAUAUAUGUAUGCCAAAGGUUUCAAGCUUGACAAAUUUCUUGGAAAUUUACAGGCUUACAAAAUUGCUACAGGCCAAGUAAACAAGAAUGAACUAAAGAAUGUUUCUGAAAGAUUUGGAUCUGACGAAGGUGCAGUGUUUGGAACUCUUAUUACAAAUGCCUCUAAAAGCUCCAAAAUUGAAGGUAAGAAGAGGCAAUCACCAGCAAGAAGAAGAAGGAGGAAAAGAAGAAAGCAAAACAAUGGAGAAGGGGAUGAAGAACAUCCUGAUUCCUCUGUGUCAAAGUCAAAUUCAGGAUCUCUUCCUUUGACUUUAGAUGAACCACUUACCAUUCCAUCAGCACUGUUGGCAUACAAAGACUGUGGCUCCUCAGAUGAUGGUGACAAUGAUUCUAAAAAUGCACAGAUGGAUGGAUAUUCUUCAUCUACAACCAAUGAGAGUGAUGACUCCGAUGAGGGUGAAACAGACUUUUUUGGACUGAAUUCUAACGAAAAGGAAAUCAAAAGCUCAAAAUCUAAAACUUCCUUGGAAACAUACAGUGAAAGAUCAAGUAGAUACACAAGAGCAAAGGAGGAAAAAAGGCAGCUGAAUCAAACCAGUUAUACAGAAAAUAAGCCAGAGAUGUGGGAUAAAACAAAGCUUAAAUACAAAGAACAAAUCAGUACCUUAUCAACCUACAAGUGUUGGAGAUGCAGACGGGUUGGUCACCUCCCACAAGACUGUACAGUGAAGACUGUCAGCUCAACAGUUGGAUUUGCAAGGCAGCAAAAUGAAUUUUUAUACAGUUGCAGUGAUACUCUACAGAAACCUUCAGAGGGGCCGUAUGACUCCAGCCGAUUGAAAGAGUAUUACAAAAGAUGUCACAUGCUUCGCGAAUCCAAAGAUGCAAAGUGUAGUGACUGUGGCGUGAGGUCAAACCUGGCGUACUGUUUUGAGUGUGGAUUAAUUUUAUGCGACGGCCGCGGACAUCUUAUCGAUCAUCUAAUGGAGUAUCCCAGCCAUACGAAACUUUACUCCUACAAACUUCAGAGACAGAUUAAAUGCUGUAAAUCAACUUGUGAGGUGAUGGACGCCACCCAGCUGUUAAUGUGUUCUUCGUGUCUCGACAGAGUGUUUACAAGUCAUUACUCCAUGAUUAACGCAACCUGGUCUAGGACUGGACUAAAAGCGCUCCCUAAUACUCUCGCAUGUGAGCAGCAUUUUCAUUGGCACCGAAUGAAUUGUGCUAAUCCUACUGGAGAGGCCCUGGUAACGAGGGAAAAACUGGAGAAUAGUAGGGCGAGAGGCGACGGACUCCUCAGUGAAUUUUAUUUUUAAUCAUAUCGGGAGAAAGGAUGCAGUAAAGAAAAGAAAAAAGAAAAGGUUCUCCUAGAAAAUAAAAAACGAACCGAAACGGGAGAUAUCCGGUAAAAAUGACCGUCACAAGGAAGGAUUGCCUGAGGAAACCGGCACUACAGAGAAAAUGAAGAAUUUAACCGCGUUUAUCUUUGUAGGAGGGAGAACGAUUGAUUGGUAAGGGACUCAAAGAGAAUGAAAAUAUUGAAAAAACUUUUCUCCAGGGAGAGGAAAGUGUUAGAACUCAGGAAUUUGGGAGGAAACUUUUAUCUAGGUAAAGGGAAGGAUUGCAAACGAAGCUAACUGUUAUCUCGUGUAGAGAGAAGGAGAAAUUUUUC